AUGACAUCAUCACUCACGAAUACUACAGAUAAUGAGGCUACACAGAUGGGGUUUAAAGUGUAUACAAUUAUCGCCCGGGCAAAAGAGGUGAUGGAGCGCGAACGCAGGGCAUUAGCUGCUUAUCCACCCUCACUUCUUGUUUCAGCAUCCUUCAGCUGCUCAGCUCGCUCGCAUAGCCAGUGUAAGGAGGCAUGGUCUGGAUUCUGGUGGAAGAAAGUGGCCCGUGCAAUUCUCCAUCCAACAAACCCACUUCCACUGACACAGACUCUCCAACUCAUCCUUGAGGCUCCACUGCCUAAUGGCAUGAAUGCUGCAUGCAGGCAAGCUAUGGUUGAUGUGAUGAUAGAGUUAGAUGAACUUGAGAUUGAGGAGAGGAUUAUUGAGGGGGUUAUAUGA